GUUUCUGGAAGCUGCUGCGCCUAAGAUCCGACAAGUGAGAUGACCAACCAGUCAGCGCACUCCAACGGCAUGCAGAGCCUCCGGAAGGAACACCUGUACAAGGUGCUGGUUAUCGGAGACCUCGGGGUCGGGAAGACUUCCAUCAUCCGGCGCUACGUCCACCAGACUUACUCCACCAACUACCGGGCCACCAUCGGCGUGGACUUCGCCCUGAAGGUGUUGAACUGGGACUCCGCGACUGUGCGGCUCCAACUGUGGGACAUUGCAGGUCAGGAACGUUUUGGAAAUAUGACGAGAGUGUACUACCGUGAAGCCAUGGGAGCCUUCAUAGUGUUUGAUGUAACCCGGUCCACAUCCUUUGAGGCCGUCAUCAAGUGGAAAGAGGACCUGGACUCCAAACUAAUGCUGACUAAUGGACAGAGCAUUGCCACUGUGCUCCUGGCUAACAAGUGUGACCAGGGCAGGGAGUUGACCAACAACGGCAUCAAAAUGGACCAGUUCUGCAAGGACCAUGGCUUUAUCGGGUGGUUUGAGACCUCGGCUAAGGAUAAUCUCAAUAUCGGUGAAGCUGCAAACCUCCUGGUCAAGCACAUCAUGGCCACAGAGAAUGACAUCCUGAAAAGCGUGCUACCGGACACCAUCUCCCCUCAGUUUGACUCCAACAGGCAGAUGAGCUGCUCUGGCUGCUUUAAAUAAGGAGAGGAGACAAAACAGAAUGGAAAGACAGUAGUACAAAGAGGGGCAGGCAUACCACCCAGCCUUCCUUGGACAUCUCAGUGCACACAGUACAGAUCUGAUCCAAACCAGGGUUGAAGAUUUCAUUUCGGGGGAAUGUUUGUGGUUUGUUUGUGUUCUCAGUGCCCAAUUACGAGAGAAACAGUUUGUGAACUAAAAUCACAUAGACUAAGAAGUAAGGAGCAAAACUUUUAGUUACUCUUCAUACUGUGAGUUAAAAGUUAUUUUGGCAGACAAAGUAUAACUUCAGCCCUUUUCUAUGCUCUUUGGCAUGGUUAUUUAAGGUAUAAACAGGGGCUGUUCUGUUCAGCUGGUCAAGAUUACAUGCUCUUCUAAGUUCACUUGGAAAAAAGUCUGGCAACUGGUACUCAACAUGCUGGACCGAACUGAACAAACAGAGCAAAUGAUCCCAACGUGCCCGAUGCAACUCGCCCACAAGUGUGCAGUAAUUACAGAAUGCAAACAGGAGUUGUGUUGUUGGUUCUUCACCAUUUCAAGCAACUGUGAUUGUGAUGUUGUUCUCCCUCUAUUUACCUUCACCGCCACCUCAACAGUGUGGUUGUCAUACAGGCUUCCUUUACUGUUUAUUCAGCAAUAUUGAAUAUGUGUAAUUAUGUGAAUUGUGCACAUAAAUGUUUUUUUAUUAUGAGUUUAA